UCUAUUUAUAGAACCGUCCAUCUUCUUCUUACAUCAUCAUCCUCCACAACUCCACAAGAGCUUCCCGAAACAUCCUCUGACUCCAUCACUCAACAUCAUCCCCAAUGGAACCCAACACGACCCAAAACGGAUCCCAACUCAAGCUCUCAGAGUUCGAGAAAACCCAAAAGAAGUACCAAGACUUCAUCUCCGCCCUCCCAAAGAGCAAAGGAUGGAGACCAAACGAGAUCCUAACCCAAUACAACGGACACUGGUGGCAAGAAUGUCUCCUCGAAGGCCUCCUCCACGCCAAAGACCAUUUCCAAGCACGACCCACCGACUUCCUCGUCUGCAGCUACCCCAAAACCGGCACAACCUGGCUCAAAGCCUUAACUUACGCCAUCGUAAACCGUUCACGUUUCGACGACGCAACGAACCCGCUCCUCAAACGUAACCCUCACGAGUUCGUGCCUUACGUCGAGAUAGACUUCGCGUUCUACCCGACCGUGGACGUCCUUCAAGACGGCAAGAACCAGCUUUACUCCACCCAUAUACCCAACGGGUCGUUACCGGAGUCGAUAGUGAAGUCCGGUUGCAAGAUGGUUUACAUUUGGAGAGACCCGAAGGACACUUUCAUCUCCAUGUGGACUUUCCUCCACAAGGAGAAGUCUCAAGAGGGUCAGCAGCUAGCGAGUCUCGAAGAGGCUUUUGAUAUGUUCUGUAAAGGCUUGUCUGUGUACGGUCCUUAUCUGGAUCAUGUGUUGGGUUACUGGAAGGCUUACAAAGAGAAUCCGGAGAGGAUUCUCUUCCUGAGGUACGAGACGAUGAGAGCUGAUCCUUUGCCCUUUGUGAAGAGGUUGGCUGAGUUCAUGGGUUAUGGGUUUAGUGAUGAGGAAGAGGAGAAUGGUGUUGCUGAGAAUGUAGUGAAGCUUUGUAGUUUUGAGACGUUGAAGAAUCUUGAAGCUAACAAAGGAGAUAAGGAGAGGGAGGAUCGUCCUGCUGUUUAUGCGAAUAGCGCGUAUUUUAGGAAAGGAAAGGUUGGAGAUUGGGCGAAUUAUCUGACUCCGGAGAUGGCUGCUCGUAUCGAUGGGUUAGUGGAAGAGACGUUCAAAGAUACUGGCUUGCUUCAACAUGAUCAGUGAAGUGUCAUGUCUUUGAUCUCUUUUGUUAUUCAGUACAAAACAGAGGAUGCUCUGUUUUGUGUUUGGAACAGAGGAUACUCUGUUUCUCUAUUUGGUUAUAUGUAUUGAAUGUACUCUGUAUCAUCUUAUUUAUAACAAGAGAAAGAUAUUUGGUUACAAA